CGAAAAGACGGUGCUGUCAGAGCCAUCGCUUUCCCGGAGACGAAAGCCGGCGAAACCGGUGCUGUCAGAAUCACCGUUUCUUGGAAACGAAAGCUGGCGAUGGUGGUGUAGAAAGAAUCACCGCUUCUCAGAAUCAAACUUGCUAACCGAAAGUGAGUUUGUAAGAAAUUUCGGUUGACGUUUCAUCUUAGCCGUUCCUCUAUGUCGCCGUUCCUCUAUGUCGGAUUUAGGAGAGAGAACCGAGUAGAAGGAGAGAGAAACUUUCCCUACUAAUAAAAUGUUAUUGCAAUAAAUUGAGAGAAGAAAAAAUGAAAAAAAAAACUAAAACUAGUUGUAUAAACAAUGUGGUUUGAGAAAUAUUGAGAAUUGAAGAAGAGAGGGAGAAAGCGGUGGUUUUGUCGUUUAGCGAUAAAGAGAAAUUAAAAGCGAUAAGAAAGGCGAUAAAAUUGUUUGAAGAUCUGAAGUGACCGGCUUUGCAAAUCUGUUUUGAAGCUACGGUUCUUAAGAUCAAGUCUGUUUCCCUUACAAAGGUUCCUGGUUUCUUCUGCUCCAAAAGGUACUGGUGAAACUUUUAGGAGAGAAGCUUUGGUUUGAUUUUUAAUCAGACUUGGUUGGUUUUCAAUCAAGGACAGCUGUGUUUAAGAACUUAAAUUAAAGGUUUGAUCUUCUGUUUGGGAGUAUAUCUGAUGUCAUCAGCAGUGGAUAAGGCCUUAAUGGCCAUGUCUCUGGAGGAUGAUGAUGAUGUGCCUUUUGUCAUGCCUAAUUUACCAGAAUAUUGUUCAACUGAAAGAAACAGAAGGAGCUUAAUUGGGCGUUUCCUCAACCCUGAUUGUCAAAAAAUGUCGGAGUUCAUCUUCCAGAUGCCGCGGAAGUGGCAGAAACAAGGUCGGGUUCGAGGAAUCGCUUUAUCUCAGGAAAGAUUUCAGUUUAUUUUUGAUAAUGAGCAUGAUCUUGUCGAAGUGUUAGAAAAAGGGGUACACACCUUUAAUGAAAGGGCGAUUGUUGUUGAAAGAUGGUCAGAAAAGCCGCCUCCUGACUCUUUACAGUACAUGCCUAUUUGGGCUCAAAUUAGAAACACUCCAAUCAACUAUCAGACGGAGUUAGCGAUUGGAGCUUUGGGAGAUAUUGUGGGCAAGGUUAUUGAGGUUGCGUUUGACCCAUCGAAGGCACGAAGCAACGUCUAUGAAAGAGUUAAGGUUCGUUUUGAUGUUUCUAGACCUCUGAGGAAAGAAAAAGUCAUUGAUCUCCCAGAGGGUGAAAAAACAAAAGUUUUAUUCAACUAUGAGAGAGUUCAGAAACGAUGUUAUACUUGCCAAAGGCUAACCCACGAUCAAUCAGUGUGUCCUAUCAAUAUUCAUAGGAGACAAAUUGAAGCGAUGACAAGAAGAGAUGGAGGGAGUGUUGUUAAGAAAAAGGUUAAUCUAGUGCUUUCGGAAUCUGAUCCGUUGUUUGGUGUUCUAGAAGAGAAUCAAGUUGGGAUAAAUCCAAACACAGGGAGACCAAGAAUUGCGCUGGAGGUUUUGGAUGGUAUGAGGCAAUAUUUGCUUAUGGCUAAAGGAGAAGAUCGACUUAUUAGAGAGGAAAGAGUUAAGUCGUCUGUCAGAGAAGUAGAAAAAGAUCCAGUCUUAAUGAAAUAUGCUUUAAGCUUGGAGCCAGUGCCGAUGGUGACAAAAGACUUGGAGAAAGGGAAAGGCGUAGUUUUUGGUUAUGAGCCGGAAGGUGUUUCAAAUAGUAUGAAUGUCCCCCAAGUUCAAGGUGAAAAACUGAUGGCAUCAGCUAUUAGAGCUAAUCCCCUAGUUGGAUGGAGGCCAGAGUAUUCGCAUAGACAUGAGAAUCCGGUUGAUAUUCCUCAAUCUUCUAAUUCCUCAUCUUCCUUGAGUGGUUUUACGGGUGCUAGGUUGAAAUCUUUUGAUCUCAAUCUGUCCGGAACUUCUUUAAAGAAGAUGAGUGUCAGGAAAAGGCCGGGGAAAAACAAGAGGAAUACAAAAGCUAUUGCUGGUCAGGAGGACAACAUUCAGAUAGCUUUUAAGGAAGGAGCUUUGAUAGGAAAUGUUGAGAAAAGGAAAGCAGUUGAUCAGAUGGGUGGAGUUCCCAAAGCUGUAAAGCAAAUAACUCAUGAGGCAGUCCCGAAGGAGGGACUGUCCAAAGAUUUUUGAGUUUACUGGCUUGGAAUUGUCGAGGACUGGGAUCUUCUCAGGACUUGACAAUUCCUAGGC